AUGUCUUUCCUCAUCAACAAGGCCUCAACGGCCGCCCAUAAUCUCCAGAAAUCUGCCAAUCUGGACAAUGUGACUAGCAAACUGUCGCUGGGCAGCUUAUCUAGUGCUGUGUCUGGUCUGAUCGGAGGUCAGGAUCCAAGUCUCAAACACCGACAUGCCAGCUCCGCACCAGUUCGCGGAGGGAACAGUGUCAAGUUCCAUGUCGAUGGCUGUGCUUACUUUUGGGCUGUAUCUGAAGCACUGGAAAAUGUCAAGGAGUCUGUAUGGAUUCUCGGAUGGUUCCUUUCGCCAGAGGUCUACUUGAGAAGACCGCCCUCAGAAAACGAGAAAUAUCGACUAGACCGGAUGCUUCAGGCUGCGGCUCAACGUGGUGUGAAAGUCAACAUUGUGGUUUUUAAGGAGGUGCCACAGUUUAUGUCCCUAUCCUCUCAUCAUACGAAAAACGCGCUUGAGGCUCUGCACCCAAAUAUCUCUGUGUUUAGAUACCCCGACCAUUAUUCAGGUGUUAAAGGUGCAAUAUCUUCCACUAAGAGUACUCUUCAAAGUGUCAUGGCCGGUGGAGCUGCAGGACUAGGUAAAAUCUCAGAUGACACCCUUCAGAGCAUGUUUGCCAUCGCAGGUGGGCCAACAUUGCUGUGGGCCCAUCAUGAGAAAGUCGUUAUCUGUGACAGGGAUCUGGUGUUCCUGGGUGGCAUCGACUUGUCAUACGGUAGAUGGGAUACUAUCCAGCACCCGAUCGCUGAUGCGCAUCCUGGGAACCUUGACGAGAUCGUUUUCCCGGGCCAGGACUACAACAAUGCUCGAGUGAUGGACUACAAGAACCUCGACAGAUGGGAGCACAACAAACUCAGCCGAUUGACAACGUCUCGUAUGGGAUGGCAGGAUAUCUCCAUCAGCUUCACUGGCCCCGCCGUCUCAGACGCCUGCAAACACUUUGUGCAUCGUUGGAAUUUCAUUCAUGGCAUGAAGUACAAUACUGGCUUGCCCGUAGACCAACGCUAUUCGCCACUUCCAGAAAUAAUGGACGAUUUAAAUUCGACUCAUAACCCGAUCCUUCAAGCCAAUGGUAACAUGAAUUGUCAAUUUGUUCGUAGUGUGUCAAAUUGGAGCAGCGCGUUACCCACAGAACACAGCGUUUACAAUGCAUAUGUCGAUGCUAUCGAGAAGAGCGAACAUUUUGUUUAUCUGGAACACCAGUUCUUUAUCACGGCUACAGGUUCUUGGAUUGGUACCGUCUGGAAUAGGAUUGGUGAAGCACUCGUUCAGCGUAUCUUGAGAGCUGCUCGGGAGAAGAAGAAGUAUAAAGUGAUUGUGGUCAUGCCCUCAGUACCGGCAUUUCCAGGUGAUCUGCAAGCAUUAAUUACAGGACAUCCCCCACGAGCAAUCAUGAAACUCCAGUACAAAUCCAUAAGUCGGGGAGGCUUCAGUAUUAUGGAUAAGAUCAGAAGGGCUGGCCUUGACCCUGCGGAUUAUAUACGAUUCUACAAUUUACGCAACUACGAUCGUCUCAAUGAAAGUGCUAUUCUGCAGAAGACAGAGAAAGCCAGUGGUGUUGAGUACACUCAGGCAAGCCAGGACCAUGACGAUAUCGUGGAUCCUUUUGGUCUUCGCGCCCAGAAAGAGUUCGGAGAAUUCGAAGGAGACAAUGUCACACAAAAUCAUGAGGCAUAUCAGAAAUACCAAAAAGCCUCGGGCCACACCAGUGAAUGGGACACGGUCAGCUCAUGCUACAUGGCGGGCAGCGCAGACAUACGAAAAGUUCCCUGGCAAGGCGGCGGCUCCAUACAAGAAAUCGAUGCUUUUGUCAGUGAGGAGCUCUACGUGCAUUCCAAACUGCUCAUCGCAGACGAUCGAGUUGUGAUCAUUGGAUCUGCGAACCUCAAUGAUCGCUCGCUCAAGGGCAGCCGCGACUCGGAGGUUGCACUGGUGAUUGAGGAUCAAACACCUCUCGAGAUUCUAAUGGAUAGGAAACCGUAUCAAGCCAGCCAAUUUGCAGCAAAGCUGAGAAGAUACCUCUUCCGGAAGCACUUGGGCCUCCUUCCACCUCAAGAUAUGCGCAAACCGGACAGUCACUUUUCCCCUGCUCCAGGACUUAACGAAUAUGACUUUGACACUCUGCUGGACCGGGUUGUGCAAGACCCCAUCAGUGACGAGAUGCAAAAACACUGGAAUUCUGUCGCUCACGAGAACACCCUUGCAUUUCGCAAGGUGUUCGCUCCGAUGCCAGAUGACACAGCGAAAACAUGGCUCCAAUAUCAGGCCUUGUUUUGGAAGCGAUUCACAGGACCUGAUGGCUUUCAAAUGGCUCGGUGGGGACAUGUUGCUAAGAGCAAUUUUGCAAAAGGAGAGGAGGGUCUCAAGCAGGUUAAGGAGGAGUUGGCGAAGAUCAAGGGCAUGUUGGUGGAAAUGCCUCUAGAAUUUCUCGUGAGGACGGAUAUUCAAAUCGAGGACCCAGGUUACAACAUUAUCACAAGACAAGGUUACGUGUGA